GGCACUCUCCACGGACACUACGCAUCUCAUCGAGGGGGCCAAACAAGGGUCAAACGACGAAAACAGAUGUGGCACCUGUGUGGCGCAAGAGGAGGUGACUGAGCCACGUGCGUGUAUUUUCUCAGCCACGGCCACCACCCUCCGCAAACUCUGUGACGGAGCCCAGGAAUAUCUCUCCAGCUCUCUAGCCCCUUCGGCGACGACGACACUGACGACCUGCUCGCCAACAUUGAUAUUGCUAUUAUAACUCCUGAAAUUUGCAGUCCUUUCGAUCUUUUGUGACUGAAGCUUGACCUAGGAGGAGCGUGAGGACCACGGCAGACGAGGAUCCGGGUUGCCUAUUGCGAGUUGAACCUCAUCAUUGAUGACUUCGCUCUCAGUGGGACGUUCGUCCCCACAGCCGUUACCAUCUCUGCCACCAUCCCCCACGGAAGAAGACCUUGGAAAGAGGAGAGUUUGGGACUCUGAGGAUGGACAUGACGAUGCGGGGAGGACGGAGAAUGCGGGGAAGGGAGAGGAGCCAACUGGGACGCUUGGCGGUUACGCAGAUGGCGGUACAGACGAGGACUUGAAGAAGCUUAGCCUGGAAAGAAAUGGCGACGCUUUGAAUGGAGAGAGUUAUCCGCCCAUGACGGAUGAAGAGGCAGAGACGAAGAGAGUAGAAGAGAACCUGCGUCGAUGGGAAAUAGCCGAACGCCAACGCCGGAAACAAGCCCGUAUAUCCUCCCUUGCAUCCUCAUCCGCUUCUACGACCUCUACUCUCGUUGGCUCACCCCCUACGAAGACAGCCACCUCUGCGGCGUUUGCCAGCCCAGAGCCCGGUACCACACGUCGUUCUUCCAUUCUAGGUUCGAUAUGGCCGUCUCGUCGUUCCGACGCUCACCGAGCUUUGAGCACCUCAGAGGAGUUGGCUGGAGCAGUUCGUAUGGAUGAUUUCGAGCAACGGCCAAACAGUCCCGGGGGCUCGAGGUCCCCUACACCAGGACCCGAACGCCGUUCAAAAGUUGCCGAUCCAUUCGCGGAUCCUGACGCUAAUGCAUCGUCGGCUUCGCUCUUCGUGAACGAGACUGAUGGUUCAGGCGAUGGGAUGACACCUCUAACGCCGACACAAGAGAGUUUCAGGCAGCCACCACGACCAGAGCCCUUGGAUCUACCUCGCCCGAGGACACCGCCGCCGAGAGUGUAUACGCCGGGUGUCAGUAGACCUCCAGAGCCUACGAGGGCACCUACGAUGGAAGCCGGUGGAGGAAGCCAGACGGAGGAGAAGCCGGUCAGGUGGUGGACUGAGUGGUUGUGCGGAUGUCGUGAACAUGGAGAGGAGCAGGCAGGACGGACCAACCCUCUCGAAUAGUUUGCUUCUCUAUGAGUUAUUUUGUUCGUUUCUCGAUGUACAGCAGUCUGUCUUGUUAUCGUCGUUUCGUUCUCCGAUAGACCAAGCCCUCCCAGCUCUUCCCCGUUGUCCCCCGCAUUGCAUUCCUUCACGGACCUCAUUUUCUCCGCCUUCUGUCUUCGGCCGUUCAGACCAUCGGACCUUUACCUCCAUUUUUUCCCAAUGACUCACCCGAUCCACCCUUUUAUGUCCAUCUGUUUAUCAUCCCAGGCUUUACGGACUCGUCCGCGUUUUAUUUCUUAAGUCAUAAUGUACUCCACCUCGUCCACGUAGUUUCAUGUUGUGAGUUUGACUGGCUGAAUGGUUAGCUCCAGAUAAUUGGGAAUCCACCCGUUGCCAGACAUAUCGCGUGUGUUAGCUCUGUCUGUAUUUUAUCCCAAUCACGACUAUGGCACAAAAUCC